AUGACCUCCUUUGAAACAUUUCGUCUCGGUCCCAUCCAGGCUCCUCGAGUAUGGACCGGGCUGUGGCAAUUAUCGAGUAACGCCUGGGGAACUGCGUCUGCUACCAAGAUCCGGCAAGCGAUGUCUCGCUAUGUCGAAUCAGGGUACACCGCUUUUGCGGACCACUAUGGAAGCGCGGAGAUUGUAUUUGGUCAAUUUCGACAAAGCCAGCGUUGUCCGUCUGACAUCAUUGGAGCAACGAAAUGGUGCGUAUUCAAGACCAUCACGCCCACCCGAGACGUAGUCGAGACCGCUGUGCGGGAGCGCAUGGAAAGGAUGAAAACAGAUUACAUCGACCUUCUCCAGUUCCAUUGGCAAGAUUAUGGGGAUAAGGGAUACCUUCCAACACUCCAAAUCCUUGAAGAUCUUCGAAAUAAUGGUUUCAUAUCGGCGAUCGGGCUUUGCAAUUUCGACGCUAUUCAUACAGACGAGAUUUGUGCUCAACUGGGGCAGGGCGUCGUUGUAUCUAAUCAAGUUCAGUUUUCGUUGAUUGAUACACGCCCUCUUCAUGGCAUGUCGGAUGUUUGUGACAAACACGGCCUGAAGCUCUUAACAUAUGGAACCGUGUGUGGCGGUUUCCUCGCCGACAAGUGGCUUAAUCAGCCAGAGCCAGAUUCUUACGCUGGCAAUCUUACGCCCUCUCAACGAAAGUACCUCGACAUGAUUGUGAAGGCCUGGGGUGACUGGUCGCUAUUCCAGUCGCUUCUCUCAGUACUGCGUAUCAUCGGUGAUCGCCAUGGAGGUGUCAGUAUCGCCAAUGUGGCCACUCGAUGGGUAUUAGAUUAUCAGUUUGUUGGAGCUGUGAUCAUCGGGGCGCGUUUGGGUCUUUCCGAACAUUCUGUGGACAACAGCCGUGUCUUCGAAUUCAAUUUGACUGAAGAGGAUCGCACGGCCAUCGAUGUCGUCUUGGAGCGUUCAAAUGGCCGUCGGAUGAUUACUACAAUUGGUGACUGCGGAGCUGAAUAUCGUUAA